AAAUAAUAACUUGAAAAAUAUAUUAAUAAUUAUGAAUUUAAUUUAUUAUCAGCUAAAUAUUCAUUAAUUAAAGCAUUAAUUUGUGAAAAUAAAAAGGAAAGAUAAUUUUUUAGAAGAAUAGCUAGCAAAUAAGCAGUAAUAAAUAAAUCAUUAAUCAGAUAAAUGAACGAAUAAAACUAGGCACUGCAAAAUUAGUUACAGUUUGAGUAUGCUUAGUACAAAGGACUUACUGUUCCAGCUCCAGAGGAAGGUAUUGACUAUUUUUAAGAAUCUUGCAAAUUAUACUUGGCAAACAUUUUACUAACAAGUUAGCUGAAGGAUUUACUAUAAGAUAAAAAUGAUUUGCUUUGCAGAAUUUAGAAAGAAGAGAAAAGUUAAAAUGAUGACUCGAAAGGAGAUAUUUUAGAUGAUAAAAAAAGAAGAAUAAGAAGAUCUGCUUCACAAAUAGAUAGACACUAUACUUGCCCUAAGUGUGCAAAAUCUUAUGGGUCUGAAGGUUCUUUAUAAUAGCAUUUGAAGUUAAAGCAUCCUGAAUUUAACUUAAAAGAUUAUGAAUUCAAACCAACUUAUAGGAUCCCUGGAUAAAAAUAUACUACUGAUAGUAAGAGCUUAGAAGAUUAUGAAGAUUACUCUUAGGAUAAUAAAGAGCAAAACGAAGAUACAGAGAGAUAAAAAGAGAAUUAAGAUGAAACUGCUGAAAAAGCAGAAGAGUCAGCUGCUAAGGAGGAAGCUGAAUCUGAGUAGUAGCAAAAAGAAAAAACAAAAAAGAGGUAAAAAAAGGAGAGGAGAAAAAGAAAGAAAGAAGCUGAAAAGGAAAAAGAAGCAGAAAAUGAAAAAGAAGCUGAAAAUGAAUAAGAAAAUGUAGAGGAGUAAGAAGUAGAAGUAGAGGAAGAAAAGAAAUAAAAAAGAAAGUAAAAGAAAAAAAGGUCCAAGUAAGUAUAGGAAGAAGAUUAAGAAGAUGUUGAUAAAGAGAAAAAGUAAGAAGAAGAGGAGUCUAAUAAGCAAGAAUCUGAGAAAAUAGAAGAGGUUAAACCUAAAAAACCAAGAAAAAAAAAGAAAAAACCAGAAGUUUAAGUUUAAAAAGAGGAGGAAGAAGAAAAAGGAUCUUAAUAGUAAGAAGAAUAAGCUCAAUAAAAUGAAGCAAAUGAAGAAAACCCUCAAAAUGAAGAUAAUCAAGAAAAAGAAAAAAAUGAUGAAAAUAAUUUAGAAAAUGGUGAAAAUAAUAAUGAAGAUAAUUUAGAAAAAGAUAAAAAUUAAGAUGAAAAAAUAAUUAAUGAAGAAGUUUAAGCUGAUAAUAAUAAUGGUAACACUCAAGAAGAGAAUAAAUAAGAAGAUAAAGAUACAGUAGAGCCAAAACAUUCAAUUGAGAAUGAUAAUUAAGAAAAUGCAGCUGAAAACAAAGAAAAGCAAAAUAAUGAAGACAUUGAUCAAUAAGAAAAAAUUUAAGUAGAAGAGGAUUAAAAAAAUGACUAAUAACAAGAUUAAAAAACAGAAUUAACAAAUGAAAAUAAAGAUUAAGACAUUUCAAACUAAACAUAAAUGUAAAUAGAAAAUAGUUAAAAUGAUGAAUGA